GUGCAGCCCUAAAAAAAAAAAAGAAAGCAAGAAAGAAAAUAGGUAGGAGUUCGCUAGCCAGAAAAGAAAACAACAGAGUAUGCUAGGCUGGAGGGCCAGGAAAAGCAUGCAGUGUGGUGGGAACAGCAAAGAACAUAGUGCAGGAGUCAGGUGGGGCUGAAAGGUAGCUCCUGCCUGGAUUCCUGGAGGUCUGAGUGCCGAGCCAGAAGUGGGCCAAGGGCAUCCCUUGGCUUAUCAGCAGGUGUGGGACAGGCCCAGAGCUGUCACUUAGAGAAUCAGCACCAUGGGACAGGAAGUUAUUGGUGAGGGUCCUGCUGACUAGUGCUGAGGGUUUGAUAGGCAGUGGAGGAUUAGAGGAGGGGCUGGAUGCAGGAGAAGCUUCUAAGGAAAAUCACCAGGACCCAGUGGUGGACAGGGUGUGGGGAGGGAGUCACCACUACUAACGAGGUUGAACAGGAAAGCCAACACCUGCCCUUAAAGUGCCUUUGGUGCUCUCGGGGUGACUAGGCCCUCCAGCCUCUUGGGAUCUUGCAGAACGUGGUCCCAAGUCGGGUCCGGUCGGGUCAGCUCAGCUGCAAGCCCCUGUCCGGGCCACCGAUGGGGCCGCGGAGGUCGUUGCUCAGCCGGCCCGGCAGGGGGCGCUAUGGGGACGACGUGGAUGAUGGGCAUGCGCAGUGCAGCUCCGGAAGGGGGUGGGACCGCCCGAACGCGGAAGCGGAGCAGCUCACAAGGGGACUGGGAGGGGAAGGUUGGUGGCCAGGUUUUCCGCAGUGUAGGGGCUGGGAGUGCGAGCUGUUCCUGUGUCUGAGGGGGUUUGCCGGGGUAAGCUUUCCGGUCCCCUUUACUCAUUAGGGGCCUGGGAGCGGGCCCCGGCGGAGGUGACCUCUCCCGAGGACUCACUCGCGGAGUCGACCAUGGAACUGCUCUCGGCCGCCAGGGGCGUGACCUGGCGUUGCUGCGGUCGUCUCCUCACGCGUCCUUUAUCCCAAGCGGCGCGGCGUGGGGACAGGCCCGGCGGGGAGGAGCUAAGCCGCCUGCUCCUGGACGACCUGGCGCUCCCCCCGCGGUCGGCCGGGGGACUGGAGCUUUUGUUUGGCUUGUCCCCAUGUCUCCUGGCUCUGCGAGCCGCCCGCCGCCGCGUGGCCCGGCUCCUGCUCCAGGCCGGCAGGUCCGGGCUGCAAGGGGAGCGGGCCGAGCUGCUGCGUGUGGCGGAGGCGCGGGACAUCCCGGUUCUGCGGCCCAGGCGGCGGAAGCUGGACGUCCUGUGCCGCUACCAGGUCCACCAGGGCGUCUGCAUGGAAGUGAGCCCCCUGCGGCCCCAGCCUUGGGCUGAGGCCGGGGAGUCUCGGCCGGGAGACGACCCCCAGCAGCUGUGGCUGGUCCUUGAGGGGCUACAGGAUCCCCGGAAUCUUGGGGCCGUGCUGCGCUCCGCUCAUUUCCUCGGAGUGGAGAAAGUCAUCACCAGCCGGAAAAACAGCUGCCCGCUCACUCCAGUAGUCAGCAAGGCCAGCGCGGGAGCUAUGGAGGUGAUGGACGUGUUCUCGACUGAUGACCUGGCCGGUUUUUUACAGGCCAAAGCCCGGCAGGGCUGGCUCGUGGCUGGCACGGUGGGAUGCCCCGGGCCUGAGAUUUCCCCAUCCUCCGAGGUGCCCAUCACUAGCUGCUUGGACUUCCUCUGGGACCAGCCCACUCUCCUAGUGUUGGGGAAUGAGGGCUCUGGUCUGUCCCGGGAGGUGCAGGCCUCCUGCCAGCUUCUCCUUACCAUCCUGCCCGGCCGGCAGCUGCCUCCUGGACUCGAGUCCUUAAAUGUUUCUGUGGCCGCAGGAAUCCUCCUUCACUCCAUUUGCAGCCAGAGGAAGGGUUUCCCUGUGGAGCAGAAGAGAGAGCAGCACCUUCUCCAAGACCCCCAAGAACCCUGGCCCUUGUCUGAAGGGCCCAGCAUGACUCAGCACCCAGGACUGUGCUCGGGAUCCGCAAAGCAGAGGCAGGACGGGGACUGACCUGGAUGUCCCAGGUGUGUGCGUGCUGGGGCGGGCGCACACAUCCGCACGCUCCGAUGUGCCAGCGUCUCUUGCCUUCUUGCUCGAGUGUGCAUCCAGGCCUCUGUUUAUAAACGGCUGUCUUGGGGCAGGGCCAGGAGCUUUGCGGUAGAGACCAGAGGAAGUUCCGUUUUCCCGGUUUGGCUUUGGACGUGCAGUUGGAGACGGCGGUUGGUUAACUUCUAGCCUGUGCUGGGACAGAGGGUCUCUUUCUUCCCAGGCCCUGCCCAGGGGAGUGUAGACAUCAGAAGGAAAUCGAGGUGUUCCCAUCGUGGCUCAGCAGUAACAAACCCGACUGGUAUCCAUGAGGACGCCGGUUCAAUCCCUGACCUUGCUCAGAGGGUUAAGGAUCUGGCGUUGCCAUGAACUGUGAUGUAGCUUCCAGGCGUGGCUUGGAUUCUGUGUUGCUGUGGCUGUGGUGUAGGCCGGCAGCUGUAGCUCCGAUUCAACCCCUAGCCUGGGAACCUCCAUGUGCUGCAAGUGCAGCUCUAAAAAGCAAAAAACAACAACCAAAAAACGGGAUCAGGCAGCCGUCCAGAGCCUUCUUCCUCCUGAACCAGUGGGAGAAUAUAGAGGGAGGCCCUCCCGUGGCCAAGCAGGGGUAAACCCAGGCUCCGACCCUGCCCCCCUCAGGCCUUGAGCACGUGGCUUCAUCUUUAUGUGUCGCAGGGCCCUGGUCUGCACUUCCCUUCCAGGGCUCUUAGGAGGACCAAAUAAAACAUCACUCAGUCGGUC